AUGAUAUGUUUAUCUAGUGGGAACUACGAUGGAUUAGGAUAAAUUAGAGAACUAGAAUUGAAAAAAGUUGGAUUGUUUUUUGGUUUCUAAGAUGUCAAAGUAGUAGACGAUCCUUUAUUAUAAGAUGGAAUGUAAGAGAAAUGGCCUAAAGAAAGAGUUGGAGAAUAAAUAGGAUUAUAUAUAGAUAGUAUUCCAAAUGGAGUUGAUUUAAUUAUAACAUUUGACAAGGAUGGAGUAUCAAGUCAUCCGAAUCAUAAAGAUGUAUAUUAAGGAGUAAUGCAUUUCUUUAACUAGAAGUCUCAUCACUUUGACUUAAUGACUUUAUAAUCUGUCAAUAUAGUGUUAAAGUACACAGGAUAUAUAGGCGCAUUGAUGUAGUAUCCUUUCUCUUAUACAUUCUACCCUGACUCAAUCUUUGAUACAAUUAGAGCUCUUUAAAAUCAUGAAUCAUAGUUGGUUUGGUAUCGUAUACUUUUCACAUUCUUCUCUAGGUAUGCCUUCAUCAACACUUUUGAUUUUUAUCAUGCUAAUACAAAUACAAUGACCAUUGAAUAUAUUUAAUGA